AUGUUUUCAGGGUUUGGUUCCUAUGAUGGGAACCAGUUUGCUAGUAUUCCUCAAAAAUUCGAAUCAUUCUUCAGAUGUUAUCCAAUAUCGAUGAUGAACGAUAGAAUCAGAAAAGAUGAUGCCAAUUAUGGGGGUAAGAUUUUUUUACCACCAAGUGCAUUGAAUAAAUUGACCAUGUUGAAUAUUAGAUAUCCAAUGUUAUUUGAAUUAAUGGCAAAUGAAAAUGGUAAAAUUACACAUGGUGGUGUCUUAGAAUUUAUAGCAGAGGAGGGUAGAACUUAUUUACCUAAUUGGAUGAUGGAAACUUUAGAUGUAAAGCCUGGUUCUUUGUUGAAAAUAUCAACUAUUGAUAUACCAUUGGGUAGUUAUGUUAAUAUAGAGCCACAAUCUGUAGAUUUCUUAGAUAUCUCAGAUCCAAAAGCUGUACUAGAGAAUGUUUUACGUAAUUUCUCUACGUUGACCAUUAACGAUAUUAUUGAAAUAAGCUAUAAUAACAAAAUAUACAGAAUCAAAAUUUUAGAGGUUAAACCUGAAUCUCCUUCAAAGGGUAUAUGUGUUAUAGAGACAGAUUUAAUUACAGAUUUUGCACCUCCGGUAGGUUAUGUAGAACCUGAUUAUAGAAGUGAGGCUGCUAAGAAUGAAGUUAAAAAGGAUAAUGCAAAAAUCGAUCCUUCAAAUAUUUCUCAAGGUUCAAUGUCAAAAAGAAUAGAUUAUCACGGUAUAGUGAAUAAAUCGAAUUUAUCUACUACUUUUGGUGGACAAGGUCAAAAACUAUCAGGUAUGGCUUCGAAAAAGAAAUCUUCCACUGAUUUAAAAAAUAUAGAGAUUUCAUUGGAAGGUAUUCCAUUAAAGUUAGACUUAUCAGACGGUCAAUUGUUUUUUGGAUUCCCAAUUGUAUUACCUAAAAAAGAAGAUGAUAAGGACAACGAAACUUCAAGCACAAAUUUCUCUGGUCAAGGUCAAUCGUUGAGGAAGAGUAAUAAAAGGAAAGGUAAAAGUAAUUUAGAAAAUGUGAAAACUAAAUCACCUAAAAGCCCAGAAGUGAUCGAAAUAGAUUAA